AUGGCUUUGAACCCCACCGACGGCUUCGUCGCCGCCGGCAACGGGGUGCUCGACCUGGACGACGCCGCGCUGCCCAUGUUCAUCGUCGAGCGAGUCCAGCUUCAGUUCUCCAUCGCGGCCGACUUUGUCGCCGCCCAGGUCGCGAACAAUGUUUUGGUUUUGGCGCUGUCAAAUGGACGUAUCUUACGCAUCGAUCUUAAUAGACCCGAGGACAUUGAUGACAUUGACCUCCCCAAGAAACCGGCAGAAAUCGGCGUCAUUCGCCGCAUGUUUCUCGACCCGACCGCCUCCCAUCUCCUCGUCUGCACGGCGCUCGGCGAGAACUACUACCUCCAUUCCCAGCACAAACACCCGCGCGCCCUAGCCCGCCUCCGAGGCGUCUCCAUUGAGAGCGUUGCCUGGAACCCCUCGCUGCCCACGGCGUCGACCCGCGAGAUACUGCUCGGCGCCGCCGACGGCAACAUCUACGAGGCCUCCAUCGAGACCACCUCGGAAUUCUACAAGAAGGACAUCAAGCUCAAGAACCUGCACAAGCUCCCGGAUGGACCGAUCACGGGACUCUGGGCCGAUACCUUGCCAAAACGGCCCGACAUGCGGCGGGUGAUGAUUGCGACGCAGAGCCGGCUGUUUCAUUUGGCUGGCAAGGUCGGCAGCGGCCACGACAGCGGAGGCUCGGUGUACACGAAGCUGUUUGAGUCGGAGCAGCCGGUUAUCCAUGAGCUGUCACGCUCCUCGGCCGCCGCGACGUCUUCGUUGGUCGUCUCGCCGGACCCUCCUGACAAGAACCCGUACGAGGACGAGGCGCAUGAACGGGCCUACGCGUGGCUAUCUGCGCAGGGCAUCUUCCACGGGCAGCUUGCCUCGAGUGCCGAGGGCAAAAAGAUAUUCAACGAGUCGAGCAUGCUUCCGCGUGAUAAGAUUGGUUCGUCUGACGGACCGGGCAACAAGCGGAAAGCUACGGCGGAUUACGUCGAGGCGAUUGCUCUGACACAGUGGCACAUUGUCAGCCUGAUUGGAGGCCGCGUGGUCGCCACGAAUCGCCUGACCGGGGAGGUUGUCUAUGACCAAAUCGUUUUGGACCCCGGGCAGAGGGCUGUGAGCUUGUCUGUGGAUCUGCAGAAGAACACGUUCUGGAUGUUCACUGCGCAGGAGAUUUUUGAAGUGGUCGUCAGGGACGAAGACCGCAAUAUUUGGCAAAUCAUGCUGAAGCUGCAACAGUUUGACUCUGCGCUGCAGCAUGCGAAGACGCCCGCGCAACGGGAGACGGUGGCGACGUCAUAUGGUGACCACCUCGUCGCGAAGCGGCAGUACAUGGAGGCAGCCUCGGUGUACGGACGUAGCAAUAAGCCGUUCGAAGAGGUGGCUCUCACGUUUAUCGACAAUAACGAACCGGAUGCUCUGAGGAAGUAUCUACUAGCGAAGUUGAGCACGUCGAAGAAGGCGGCCGUCAUGCAAAGAAUUAUGAUUGCGAGUUGGCUGGUGGAGAUAUUCAUGGCGAGGCUCAACUCGCUGGACGACACUAUUAUCACGCAAGCCGAGUUGGCCGACGGCCUCAACCCGGCACAGUCGAGGGAACAGCUCCACGCAGUCCAGGGCGAGUUCCAGGAGUUUGUCAACAAGUACAAGUCUGAUCUCGACCGGCGGACGGUGUACGACGUAAUCAGCAGCCACGGCCGGGAGCAAGAGCUGCUGCACUUUGCCAACGCCGUCAACGACUACAACUACGUCCUGUCAUACUGGGUUCAGCGCGAGAGGUGGCCCGAGGUGCUGACGGUGCUGAAGAAGCAGACGGAUCCCGAGGUUUUUUACCGGUACAGCACUGUGCUUAUGACGCAUGUUGCUUCGGACCUGGUUGAGAUACUCAUGCGCCAUUCCGACUUGAAGCCUCGCAAGUUGAUUCCUGCGCUGCUGGAGUACAACCGCAACUUUGAGGGCACCCCCCAGCAGAACCAGGCCGUCAGAUAUCUGCAGUACAUUAUCAACCAGCUCAACUCCAAGGACUCGGCAGUACACAACACUCUUGUUUCGAUAUAUGCCCAGACCUCCAAAGACGAAGCGGGCUUGCUGUCGUAUCUGGAAUCGCAGGGAGAGGAACCAAACUACGACCCGGAUUUUGCCCUUCGCCUGUGUAUCCAACACCACCGCACGCUGUCUUGCGUCCACAUCUACACAAGUAUGGGCCAGUACCUACAAGCCGUCGACCUGGCGCUCUCGCACAACGAGGUUGAGCUGGCGUCCGUGAUUGCAGACCGGCCCAUGUCCAACCCGCCUCUGCGGAAGAAGCUCUGGCUCGCCGUUGCGCGCAAGGUCAUUUCGCAGUCAAACGGCAUCAAGACGGCCAUUGACUUUUUGAAGCGGUGCGACUUGUUGAAGAUUGAGGAUCUCAUUCCCUUUUUCCCAGAUUUUGUCGUCAUCGACGACUUCAAGGAGGAGAUUUGCACUGCGCUCGAGGACUACGGGCGCAACAUUGACUCGUUGAAGAAGGAGAUGGACGAGUCGUCGCAGACGGCGACGAAUAUCAAGGUGGACAUUGCCGCUCUGGAUCACCGGUACGCGAUUGUCGAGCCUGGGGAGAAGUGCUACGUCUGCGGGCUGCCGUUGUUGAGUAGGCAGUUCUUUGUGUUUCCCUGCCAGCACUCGUUCCACUCGGAUUGUUUGGGCAAGAGGGUGCUGGAGCAGGCUGGGGUCGGCACGAGUAAGAGGAUCCGCGAGCUUCAGGUGCAGAUUAGCAAGGGGUUGGUGAAUGGUGGCAAGAGGGAGGCUAUGAUUAUGGAGUUGGAUUCCUUGGUGGCAUCAGCAUGUAUUCUUUGCAGCGAGUUUGCCAUUAAGAGGAUUAAUGAGCCAUUUGUGACGCCACAGGAUAACCUCAAUGAAUGGAGGAUUUAA